AUUGACAUAUGCGUUUGUGACAAGUCUCCUGCGGAGGAUAAGACAGGCACAGCAAUGUUUACAGAUGAUUAGUUCAAACCGUUUGCAAUUUGAAAUUUUUGCUUAAAUAACAUCGAUAUCUUCGCUUAUCGUUCGUCGACAUUUGUGAUAAACAAUGGCUUCAACAAAAGCAGACAUUGCCCAUGAAGAUCGAAAGUAUGUCGUGGCCCACGAGCGUCAUGCGGGUUCUCCUUGUCUAAAAUGUGGACCAGAAGUUUGCGUUGGAGGCCUGGACUUACAUUUUUGGAGAAAAAUAUGCAAGACGUGUAAAUGUGGUGCGGCCGAUCAUGACAUUAAAAGUGAUGAGGAUUUUACCCACCAGUUGAUUCUACGUGAUAUACAACAGUUAGUCACAGGUCCUGAUGGAUGUGGCAUUGUCACGGAUAAAAUAAGAAAGUUUCGUUUGGCGAGUACUGACACACAACCAGACGUUUUUCCCAAAGGAAACUUUUUGUGGGUUCCCUCUGGCGUUACAAAGGAAGUGGCGGAUAAAUACAUGGCAUCUCUGCCAGAAGAGAAAGCGCCAAUCAAGGAAUCUGAUGGUGAAGUAUAUCGUCGCAAACAGAUGAUGACACAACUUCCUGCACACGACAAUGAUGAAAGGUUUUGUGAUGCCCUCACAGAUGAAGAGAAACAGCGUAUGCGGGACUUUCUGCAGCAUAGAAACGAGAAGGCUGUGGGAAUUGGUGAAGUUGGUGAACUGGCAGAUACAAAGGAAACCAGUAAAUUUAAAUGCGAGAAGUGUAGUGAAGCUCUCGUCCCCGGUGAUGUGGCCGUGUUUGCAGCACGUGCUGGAACUGAUAUCUGUUGGCAUCCACAAUGCUUUGUCUGCAAGAAAUGUGACGAGCUGUUGGUUGAUCUAGUUUAUUUCUUCAAAGAUAAUGAUAUUUAUUGUGGUCGUCAUUAUGCAGACUUCUUUCGUCCUCGGUGCCACGCUUGUGAUGAGCUCAUUUUCAGCAAACAGUUUACCCAAGCAGAAGGGUGUAACUGGCAUCUCAAGCACUUCUGCUGUUUUGAAUGCGACAAGAAACUUGGCGGUGAGCAAUACGUCGUGCGAGAAAACCCUUAUUGCCUUUCUUGUUAUGAAAUUCUCUUCGCGAAGAAAUGUGGUACGUGUGGGAAGGUGAUAGCAGCUGACGACAAGAGACUUUGUUAUAGAGAAAACUUCUGGCAUGCCACGGAUGAAUGUUUCCACUGUAGUAAUUGUUCAGUGUCACUGGUUGGAAAGGAGUUCCUUCCAAAAGGUUCAAAUGCAUAUUGUUCUGCGAAGUGCUAUAAGGAACACAGAGGACAGUGAUGUAUUGCGUGCGGUACAUAGGUUUGUAAGUUGGAACAUAACUCUAUUUUUAUUUAACAAGAUGACGACUUUGAAGGGUUUAUUUUGAGAUCGCAUGCAUGAGACGCAUAGUUCUGUUUGGGUCUACAAGGCCGCGUUGUUGCUUAAACACUACGGCUGACGUUUUAUUGAAAUACUACUACGACUUGUAUAUCAUAUUCUGUUUACAUUAUCAAUAGGAAUAGAACCUGCACGAGGGCCUGGGCACGGAACCUGCACAUGUCACUGAAUCACAAAUUUAGAGGCUGUUUACAUGAGCCCUAUGCAUGAGCCCCAUAGAAAGGGCUAGCUCUACCUGUAGGGUGUUUUUCACCUCAAUAACGUGCCGACGUCAAAUCGUUAGCCCUACAGAGGGAGGGCUAGCCCUUCCAUUUUGCGUUUAUACGGAAAAUUUCCAGCCCUAGUCAAUGGCGAGAUCUCGCCUGGUAGAGCUGACGCUCCUCUCAUGCAUGUGAACGAAAUUGUUCUUUAGUAUGGAUUUAUGAUAGCACGCGGGAUCUCGCCCGGUAGGGCUCAUGCCUCUUAGGUUAGGCUGUCAGUUUUGACAUCUUUAAUUUAGGCUGUUCUCCAAUUUACAAUUACGCAUUUCAGACAGACACACCCAGAUAAAGUCCAGAUUUACUUUAAUUUAUGUACCUGAAAAGGAUUGAUAUUUCUGUUAACUGCAUGUCGUCAACUGAAAAAUAUAUAACUGACGGCAACUUAAAAACUUUGCAUCAAUAUAUAACAAUUAACUGCCUAAAAUAAACAAAACACUUCUCGACGCUUCGAGACCCAAGGCCUCCGUCAGGAAGCCUUCGAAAUGUCGAAGUGUUUUUGCCUAUUUUAGGCAGUUGUUGUUAAACCUUUGAUAGGAGAAUAUCGCCCUAUAAUAGUCCGGUCUUUGUCAUAAAGCCAAACUUAUUUUAGUUCUCCUUGGUUUUACUUUCGACAGAAAGAUUUUGAUUAAUCGUGAUCUCUUUUUAACUGGAUAAAUUAUUUUAGCCGACUCGCUUGUGUCUGUUAGUUAUUUUAAAAUUUUAUUCGCAUGUUAUUCCUUGCUGUUUUGUUAAUUAUUUGUCGCUACAAAUA